CGAAGCCAUGGAGCUGCCCGAUCCCGUCCGGCAGCGGCUGGUAAACUUCAGCAGGACAGUAUUUACCGACACAAACCGGACCGGCCCGGAAUACAACGGCAACCCCGAUAAUGAAAUAGUCUCCAGUUUGGCAUUACAGAUGUCUCUUUAUUUCAACAUCUACUUCUUUCCAUUUUGGUGGGUGUGUAAUAUCAUCAUGCUCCAGCUGAAGUAUCCCAUCUUGCCUGAUUAUUAUAAAUUCAUUCUAGUCACCGUCGUUAUACUCAUAACCUUAAUUGAGGCCAUCCGGUUGUAUUUAGGAUAUAUGGGCAACCUACAGGAGAAGGUUCCUGAGUUGGCAGGCUUUUGGCUCUUGAGUCUUCUGCUGCAGCUGCCCCUCAUUCUCUUCUUGCUCUUUAAUGAAGGUCUGACGAUUCAGCCCCUAGAGCGAGCAGUCAACAUCAUCUUCACCGUCUUCCUUGCUUUCCAAGUUGUUGUAGCAUUUCUUGCCUUGAAGAAAAUGGCAAACCAAUUAGCCGCCCAUUUCCACCUCCAAGACUUUGAACGUUUUGAUAGAGAAAAGAGGACACAGAGUUUUACAGUGCCACAGCCAGAGGAGAUUUAUUCCACAGUUGUUGAGUAGGAGUCUGUACUAGAAACAGGACAGAUUGUACCAGAAGAUACCAAGAGCUGGGGAGAAGAUCCUACUGGAGAAAAAGAACAAAGCAAAUGCUGUACUAUAUUUUUGUUACUCAGAGAAAUUCUAUGGCGUGAGAGAAGAGGCAGCUCUAGUCAGGCUUUAUCUCCACAAUGCCAAAAACACAGGUGAAAAAUGAAAACUAAUUCUAAAAUAUAAGUGUUAUCAUUACCAUUUGAAAAUAGAUUUACUUUUAGUUAACAUUUUUAGUCUUUCUCUUCCUUUAUGUUUGAUACAUCAUGGCUACAGCCUUAAAAUAAAAUCUGUACCAUAUCCUCUAGUAGUGGAAGGAAAUAUCUUUUAAUAAUCCACAUUUCUAUCAUAUUUACCAUUUUAAGAGCUAUUAGUACAGUUGUGUGCUUUUCUUUGGGGCUUGUCAUUUUCUAUAGAUACUUCUGUUAGCAUUUAUUUCAUCUAUCUCUUUGAGCAUCCUUUUUUUCUUGAAACAUGCAGAGAAGUGCAUAUGCUUGUUAGUAUGCUCUGCUUUUAGAAUAUUUGUAAGGAAGACAAAAAUAGGGUUUUUAUGCCCAAAGUGGUGUUAAGUACUGGCUUUAACUCCCAUUUUGCAUGUAAGAAGUGCUUGGGGGAUAGAAGGAAGCACUAAUACUGUAGAAUGCCAUUUGUGAUAAUAUUGUUAUUUUCUACUAUAUCUAUUUUUUAAUUUUGUCUAGUGUGAGAAUGUUUUCAAAAUAAUAGAUUUUUAAAUAUUCUUAUAUUAAAACAUCAGCAAAUAUUCAUUCU